AUGGACGGUCCAGCCCUCGUGCCCGACGAUGUGCUCGACCCGCCGCCUCCCCCGCCGCCGCGGCUGUUUGAACGCCUCCGACAGAUAGCUGGUUAUACUUGGGAUGAAGCGACGCCGCCCUUCCACUCGUCGUAUGACUACUGGCAUGUUUUCGGCACUCGAUACGUCUAUCCCACGCUGCCCCCCUCUACCUCGUCGCAAAACGCCUCCAGCCCCGGCUCUGUAUCCAAACUCCAGUCGGGUCGUCCAACUCCCUCCGACCAUGGCGGCCCUCUCUCCAGCUACAGCUUCGGCUACAGCAGCGAACCCCCCGCCUCCCCGCUGCCCGCUGCCCAUUCCAAUCCCAUCGCCUCGCCAUCCUCCACCGACGUAGCGUACAUCGAAGAGCCCGUCGUGGCGCGCGUAUCACAUCAUGCCCUCCGCGAGGAGAGGGCCUUCCAGAUCGCCAAAAGCGUCUCGGCGACGGCUGACCCCCAUGGCGACCACAUCGUAAAACCUCUCGAUUUGAUUCGGCUGAGCCCGACGACCGGCGACCGUGGGGCCAUCGUUGUCGCCAUAUACCAACAUCCAGGCCACAACCUCCUGUUCGACGUCCUAGACAUGGGCCCUGCCUUUUACGAGGCGCGCAAAGAUGGCGAUACAUAUCGAGCCAUCCACCACCGACCAACGCUUCAAGCCCCCAUCAGCCUUCGACUGUUUCUCGAUUUCGCCAUUGGUGCGGCCCAGUGCUUGGAGAUCCUCCACCAUAGUCGCGGCAUGGUUCACGGCGAGAUCCGCGGCGAUGCUUUCCAUUUCAACGCCGAGGAAAACAAGGUCCGAGUCAUGUCCUUUGGUUCCGGCACCAGGUCCUUCGAGCAUGGCCUGACUAGCACCGGCUGGUCUUUGCUCUCCAAAGAACUGGGAGGCAGGAAUAAGCUGCUGUACAUCAGCCCCGAACAGACCGGUCGAAUGCCCGCCGAACCCGAUAGCCGUACCGACAUUUACUCGCUCGGCGUUGUCUUUUGGAGCCUCCUUACUCAGCAGCCCGUCUACACGGGCGAUUCAGCUCUCGAUAUUGUACAAAGCGUGCUCGGACGCAGAAUCCCCAAUGUGGCCACCGUACGGAUGGACAUACCAGACGUUAUCGGGCGAAUUAUCCAGAAAUGCACGGCUAAAAACGUUGCUGACCGUUACCACUCAGCUAGCGGACUACGUCACGAUUUAAUCUGCAUCCAAGAGUAUCUCGAAGAUGGCAACACAAAGGCUCUCAAGGAGUUCAAAAUCGGAACAAGUGAUGUGUCGUCCUUCUUCAUGCUCCCGGCUUCCAUGAUUGGCCGGCAGGAGGAGAAAGCUGCCGUUCUCAAAGUCAUUAACCGUGUUGCUAAAAGCCAUGCCGCUCAACGCAAGGGCCCUACCGGCAGGUUCUCAGACGGAGCCAGCCUUAACGAGAUGAUGACCUUUGAUGACAUUUCUAGCGAAGGCGGUGCCAGCUCUCUUGAUGGCCAUAACCGCAGGAGCGGAUCGUUUGCUCAGACUAUAUCAUCUGAAACUCGACAAACUAAAAACAGCUUAUUCCCUACAAUCAUAUCCGAGACCAUGACCUUGUCGACCGACACCACUUCGUCAUCCCAGUCUACAGCUGCCAUGUAUCCUAGAUUUACGAGGCCAUGGGAGCGAUGGGAGCGCCACCAAUCCAUUUCUCUGGGUUCUUUGGACUCCUCAAGCAUGGUCGAGAGCCUAAAUGUGGAAGGGCCUCGUGGUCCGAUGGACAUUGGUGCGUCCAGCCUGUCUAGACAGCUUGGCUCGGCCAAAUUUCGACGUCAUGGGCACUGCGAAGUCAUCAUGGUGGAAGGUGCUGGUGGUGUGGGGAAGAGUCUCUUUGUGCAGUCGGUCCUGACUGAUGCUCGGCGCAAUGGCUACUGCGCGACGGCCAAGUUCGACACCGCAAAGAGAACGCCGUUUGGACCGCUGCUUAAGCUUCUAUCAUCACUAUUCAAACAAGUCUGGGGUGAAAGGGAUACAAAUACGCCCUUUCACGUGGGCCUGAAGCAAUAUAUUCGUCCAGUAUGGCCAAUGCUGCACAGGGUCCUAGGAUUGCCAGAAUUUCUCCUUGGUUCGCCGGACGCGAAUAUUCCACGGCCCAUCUCGUCAUCUCAGAGCUCAGGCUCGCGGCCACUGCUGAAGCGCAGGACGUCGUCCCCUGGAGAAUCUCCGGGGCCAUUACCGCGGAUUCAGGCAGGAUAUGGAAUGCAAUCUUCUCAAGACUAUCUCUGCGCUGGAGCAUCAACCAAAACCAUGCGUUUGAUCAACACGAUCCUGGAUGUGCUCAGGGUCUUUACCGCGCACAAGUUUAUUUGUUUCUGCCUGGAAGACUUGCACUUUGCCGAUGAUGAAUCUCUCGAGCUCAUCUCCCAGAUCAUAGCCGCCAGGAUGAAGAUGGUUGUCAUCGUAACGUACAGACCAGAAGAGCUUUCAAUAACAAAACUCCGGGCCAUGCUACAACCCCCGGAAUCGGAUGGUGAUUAUGCCUCUCUCCUAACGGUCCCACGAGAUGCUGAUGGCCUGCUAGAUAACCCUCGCAGUGUGCGCCCGCAGGUUACGAGAAUCACGCUCAAUCCCCUCAGCGAGGAUGAUAUCCUUCAAUAUGUGUCGACAACUCUUUCUAAGCCGCGCGAAGAAAUCCUUUCACUUGCUCUAGUUAUUCAGUCCAAGACGGCCGGCAAUCCGUUUUACAUGCGAGAAAUGCUUAGUGCCUGCCAUAGAAAGAAGUGCAUUUGGUAUGACUACCGUGAUAGCCAAUGGCACUAUGACAUGGAUAGACUAUUCGCACAGUUUCAAGGCGAGAAGGAUUAUGAUGUUUUAGAUACUGCCUUUAUCACUCACCGACUGGCUGAGUUACCGUCUGCUGCGCGAGCGGUGCUUGCUUGGGCGGCUCUCCUGGGAGGCUCAUUUUCAUUCGAGCUCCUGUGCCGGCUUAUGAGCGGAGAGUUUGACUACCGCGAUGACGAUGGGGUGGUUUGUCCAGACAAUGUCACCCAACGCGCCUACACCGAAGGAGAAGCUGUCGCAGGAUUACAAGCGGCUAUUCAGUCUUAUAUCAUUGUACCAACCGAGUCGGAUGACCGCUUUCGUUUCGCACACGACCGGUAUGUUCAAGCGUCUUCAGCCUUGAAAGAGUGUAAUGCUCGAAAGAUGCACUUCAUCAUAUCGCAGACGCUUUUGAAAUACUACGCAGUGGAAGCCAGGCAGCGCGAUAGCACUGCUUCACAUAUCUGCACCGCCGUCGAAAUAAUCAAGCGUCGGGCCGCAACGGAGAACGGCGCUCGACCUACGGCGGUCAAGUACUACAAUGCGGCGGUCAUACUCUUGCAGGAUAACCCGUGGUCUGAUGAAGUCGAGGAUGCCUCUUAUGACGAAACGAUCCAGCUUUACCUCCGGGCGGCUGAAUGCCAUCUAUACAUGAAUCAAGUAACCUCGGCAGGUGAUCUCCUUUCCAUCAUCCUAGACAAUGCCAACAGCCCGGUAGACAAAGCGCCCGCCUAUGUCUUACAGUCACGGAUAUUUGCGCAGAGUGGCAACUCUCCGGCAGCACUUGCUUCUCUCAAAGAAUCUCUGGCUUUACUCGGCGUUUCCCUCGACGAAGAAGCGUCGUAUGAAAAAUGUGACGAAAGAUUCCACAAGAUUGCGGCUCAGAUACAAAGUACGGACCGCCAGACAAUCAUCAGUCACAAGAAAUCGAGCGAUCCCUCCAUGGCAUCCAUCAGUGCGGUGUUUGCCGAGACUACCAAUGCAGCCUGGUGGACCGACCAUUUGCAGUUUUACCAUCUUAGCCUGAUUUUAUUUGAUACCCAUCUUUCUCGAGGCUCUUUCCCACAGUCUGGCAUGGCAUUCCUUAACCUGUCUGUUGUGGCAAUGUCACGUUUCAACAUGAUCCCGUUGGCCAUAGAACUGGCCAUGAUAUCCCAGGAUCUGUUAUUUCAGGCCCGUGAUGCUUACACGCUGGCACGGGGCGAGAUGCUACAUCAGUGCUUCAUUGGGCAUGCGCAUUGCUCCAUGCCGCAGUCUAUUUCCCAGAUGGAUGACGCAAUUGAGCUGGCGUCUGUUGCAGGUGACAGAAUGUCGACAAUCCACAGCUAUGGUAUAGCCGCUCAGCUUAAAUUCUUUGCGAGCGAGAAUUGCUCCGAGCUUGAAACGUUCUGUGAACUAGCCUGCGAAGAGAUUGCCAGAUGGGCCUGUGACACCAGAGGUGGAGUAAUGCUCCUUGCCGUCAGACAAGCUUGCCGAGCGCUACAGGGUAAAACUCGCGCUCACAAUCCGUUGGAGGUCAUGACCGACAGUGAGCACAAUAGUGCAUCUUACAAGCAGUCACUAUGGGAACGGACUAAAGGUAGUACUCGCCCUAUGCUGUUCUACGAAAGUUUUGAAAUCGUCGUCCUAUUCUUGUAUGGGCAUUAUGACCGGGCCAUUGAGGUUGGAGAUAGAUGUAUUGAUCAUCUCAACGACAUCUGGUCAUCACGAAAUACCAGAUUGAUCGUCCUCUUCUAUGGGCUGGCACUCUCGGGCCAUCUGCUUCGGAAGAUUCAAGAUCCGCGAAGUCAGCCGGGAGAAUUCUCCGAAGAGACUCAAAAGCUGGCAGAGCGGCUCAAGGGGUAUCUGAAACUGAUCACGGAUUGGACAACGGUAUCCAAUGUAAAUUACCUGACAUGGGCAAAACUUUUGGAAGCACAAAUGGCAGAGCUGUCCGGCCAACACGGCGAUUGUAUUCAACACUACGAGGAGGCUUUGGACCAUGCUGCCGAGCACGAUUUCGUUCUGGAAGAAGCCCUCGGCAACUACCUCAUGGCGGGCUUCUUUAUCCGACGCAGGGCGCGGCGGUCUGCCCGUGCCGCUCUUCUAGAUGCCCUGAGCUUAUACAGGCAAGUGGCAGCUACUGGUGUUGCUCAUGCCAUUGAGGAAGAGCACUCCCUUCUGUUGCAUGGGCCGACUCGAAAUCAUCGCGUUGCCGAUAUGGGUGUCCAGACCGAUUUUGUCACCGACGCACCUUCGGUCCAAUAUCGCCCUGUGGAUGGAGAGGAAGAUGAUGUCCUGACCCAGAUUCCUUCCAAUACCUUGACAGAGGCAAAGGGGGAGCAGAUUGGAGCCUGGAGAAAUUCGAUGCACAUGCAGACAGAAGACGGCGGUGGACUCCCUGCUCUCGAUAUGAUCGAUUUGCACGCAAUCCUCAAGUCUUCUCAGGUCAUUUCGUCAUUGUUACAGGUAGAAGAACUGCUCAAGACCAUGUGCGAUGUCAUUUUGCAGACAUGUGGUGGUUCGGCCACGAAUGCCGCUAUUGUGGUCUACGCGGAAUCAGACGGCUGGUGUGUAGCUGCAAGUGGCGAUCCGGAGAAGGGGGCUUCAGCACACAAACCCGCCCUACCCCUCACAGACACCCCUCUAAUUGCUGAGAAUGUUGUGCUCUACUGUACACGUUUCAUGGAAACUGUCUUCAUAUCGGAUAUUGUCUCUGACGAGAGAUUUAGCAACGUCAAUGAGUCUUGGCUGCAAAGGAAUCCGACGAGCAAAUCGAUCAUUGCCAUUCCGAUACGCCAUGCGAACAAGCCACUACUUGGCGUGUUGUAUCUCGAAGGCGUUCCUGGAUCGUUUACGGAUCGCAACGUAACCGUUCUCCAGCUUUUGGUCAACCAAAUCAGCAUCAGCUACUCCAAUGCCUUGUCAAUAAAGAACAUUGAAAAGAUCUCGGCAGAGAACCAUUCCAUGGUGGAGGUACAAAAACGCGCACUCAAGAAAGCCAUCGAAGCAGAGACAAAGGCAAAGAACGCAGAAGCAGAGGCGAAGCGCAAUGUCAAAUUAGCCGAAGAAGCAGCCAAGGCCAAGUCUAUCUUCUUGGCCAACGUCUCUCACGAGCUGCGGACGCCUCUCAACGGUGUCAUUGGCAAUUCAGAACUUUUACGUGACAGCAACUUAAACCGGGACCAGCUUGAAAUGGCAGAUUCCAUCCGAGUCUCGGCCGAUCUUCUACUUACUGUUAUCAACGAUAUCCUUGACUUUUCCAAGAUGGAAGCUGAUAAGAUGAAACUUUAUAUCAUUGCUUUCAACCCCGAAGAAAUGGUUAGGGAAGUCGUUCGAGCAGUCUCUUAUAGCAACCGAGAGAAGACGUCCAAGAAGAAUGUCAAGAUUGUUCACGACAUUAAUUUGCCAUCCAUGCUAAUCUACGGCGACCCAAUCCGCCUCCACCAAGUUCUUGGAAACCUCAUUGGCAACAGCUUAAAAUUUACAGAGGAUGGAUCCAUCACCAUUGGCGCCCGGCUGGACGAGGAAACUAAGGAGAGGGCCACUUUGACAUUCUGGGUCCGAGAUACAGGGAUCGGAAUUCCACAAGAACAGCUGGCGAAGCUAUUCCAGCCAUUCAGCCAGGCCGAUGCCAGCACGGCUAGAAAAUACGGUGGAAGUGGACUUGGACUGAGUAUCUGCAAGUCACUCAUCGAAAUCAUGAUGCAAGGAACGAUUCAGCUCGAGAGUGAACCAAAUCUCGGCACCACCGCCUGGUUCACAGUCUCCUUUGAAAGAGCCAAGCCUGAUGUUGCUGCUGGAGAUGCCCAAUCUCAAGCGCUACCGCCUAUUGACAGAUACUCGACAAGAACUUCUUCAUUUGUGGACCGAGCUUCCUCUCCGAACCCGUAUCUCGAUCUUACGCGGAUUCCCAAGGAGGAUAUUCGUAUCUGUGUGGCGGAAGAUAAUCCUAUCAAUCAAAGGAUUGCUAUUCAAUAUGUACAGCGGCUGGGCUAUACCAGUGUUAGUGCAUAUGAAAAUGGACUCAAGGCUGUUGAAGGCCUUCGGCAAAAGGCCAGAGAAGGUAUCCCGUAUCACAUUGUCCUUAUGGAUGUUCAAAUGCCGGUUCUCGAUGGAUAUGAAGCUACCAAGCUCAUUCGAAGCGACCCAAUCGAUGAAGUCCGGAAAAUCCUAGUGAUAGCCAUGACAGCAUCGGCAAUCCAAGGCGACAGAGAGAAGUGUCUGGCUGCUGGUAUGAACGACUACCUUGCAAAGCCGGUUCGGGCAGAGGUGCUUAAACGGAAGCUGGACGCGUACAUGAGUAAUUCAAAUCCUGCUCCUCCCUUGUCCACCCCGUCUCCGUCAAACGCCAUCACGUACCCGGGCUCCGGUAUGAAUGGAUAUAGCGACAUGGUAUCGAAUGUUCCAAAGCUACCCCCGCCUCCAAGGAAGCCCCUUCCCAGCGAUACAUCCAGCACGAGUUCUGAUUCGGUUAUUCGGAAGCCGGUUCCUAUUAGGUCCGGAUCGGGUUCGCUGCGCGACUCGCUACUUGACGGAGCUCAGAUAUCAGAGGAAUUCCAGCACCCUGGUAGUCCCAUAUUUGAUGUUGAAGAGCUCGAAACUCCCUUUGGCGACGAUUCCGUUGCGAGUCAAGCAGAUACCAAGAGCGGGUCAACAAGCAGGACGUCUAGUGAUCAAGACUCCGACUCUGGACCAAGAAGAGGAUCUGCUGCAAAGGGGCAAAAGAGCCAGCCUCGUAAAUUAGCAAAGAGCCGCGAGAACAACGCCGUUGAGGUUAAAUAUGAGAAUGGCACCCAGGAGCCAAUCAUUAAAGAACUCUAGGAUGUUGCGUUGGUCUUUGUAAUACUUUAAUGGCAGGGCUCCCUUCUCCGGAAGCACCCAUGGUUCUAAACCUGCGUUCUACCCUUUUUUCAUCCUUUAUUUUUUUUCCCCUUCCAUGUUUGACAUCAGCUACGGAUUCGGAUAGACAGGCAGCUUAUAGAUGUAUUUCCUCAAUGUCUAUGAGAGUUACUUUGGCGUUGGGGCCGGGACAAAAAGCUUGGUGAUUAGGGGACUCGAGACCAAAAAAAAAAAAAAUUAACGCUUCGUCUCUUCCAGCAUUCACACCUAGUUGAUUUUUUUAUUUUCUUUCUCUCUUUUCCUGCUCUCUUCCUUUUUUUUGGCCUCUUUUUUUUCUCUCUCGCUUUGGCUGGCAUAUGCAAACAUCUUUUUCUAGUUGAUGUUAAGAGUCAAAGUGUUCAAAGUCUAGUGCGUGCUUCGAAAAACCAACAUGAGCAUAUCCUUCUUCAGCAUGACACGAUACGACCCGACAUGACAUGACAUGGAAUGGAAUCAAAUGAACAACGCAAGAAGAUAGGAGAGAGGGGGGAAUGGCUUUGUAGUACGCGCACGGCUUUAUUUUACGAGAGCUAGACGAUAUGAAACGAUACGAGUUUCGGACGGCUUGAUGCCAGAAUUCAAAUCAUAUGAAGGGAAAGGGGGAAAGCUGGAAAUGGUAGAGGAGAAGACUAUUUUCUUUUACCCAAGCUGCGGAAUUCUCUAUUUACAAAAUUAUUGCGGAGGAAAUGGGAAAGUAAAGCAACGCAAAGGGAAAGGGAGGAAAAGAAAAAAACUACCUCGAUGUAGUGUUUUCUUUCAUAGGGUUAUACAACGUGUUUUUUU